AUGUUCAAUUUAAACAUUGAUAUUCUUAUUUUAAUAUUUGAAGAACUACAAUAUAACAAAAGUAUCAGAAACGUCAGAAAUACACUAUAUUCAUGUCUUUUGGUUAAUAAAACAUGGUGUAGUGUCAUCAUUCCAAUUCUCUGGAAAAAUCCUUGGUCAGACAAAACAUCAAACAAUAAUGUAAUUAUUUCGCAUUUAUCAAAUGAGGCAAAAGAAAUUCUGAGCAAUCAAAUUAAAAAUGGAAAAAAUGCAUCAACAAUAUUACAAAGACCUUUAUAUAAUUAUGUUAGCUUUUGCAAAUAUUUAGAUCUCUAUUACCUAGAUAAAUUACUAUUCCAUUAUACUAGAAAUAUUGAAAGAUCCAAAAAGUCAUUUAUAGCAGAUGAAAUAUUGAAACUAUUUAUUAAUAAAAAUUCAAAAUUUACUCACCUUAAAAUAACAACAUGCUUAUAUAACAAAAUAUUUCCUAUUCCAGAAGCUGAGCAUUGCUUUUCUGAACUUAAAGUCCUUAUAUAUUAUAAUGAUUCUGAUCAAAAACUUUUGGAAUGGUUAACCAAAAUAAGCAAAUCUAUUAAAAUUUUUGAACUUCAUAAUUGUAAGUGGAAUUCUGAAAUCCUCAAUUUAAUUGAAGUACAAAACAACCUAAAUAGCAUAGUCUGUGAUGUAUUAGAUGGAAUAGAUAGUUAUAAAUCGAAAAUAUUAACCAAACAUACUUUAAUAAGUUUGCACAUACAAUCAUGUUUUUAUUUAAGCAAACAUUUAUCUUUACCAAAUUUAAAAUUUCUAACAGUUGAAUGCAUCUUAACUGAAAAUUUGGUGAUUAUAAUUGAAUGUACAAAAGGAUAUCUUACCGAGAUCAGCAUAGACAAUUUCUUUGAUAAAAAUAAUAGAUAUAUACAAUCAAUUUAUCAAAAUUGUCCGAAUCUCAGAUAUUUGAAACUACCAUUAAUAAAUGAAGAAGUUUCAGAAUUAGAAAUUUUAUUAACUAAAUGUAAAUGUUUAGUUGAAUUAUUUAUUAUUGGAACUCAUAAUGGUCAAAAUAGUUUGCUAGGUUGGGAUAAAUUACUCAAUAUAUUAGCCAAAUCAUCACCAACUAGUUUAUUUAAAUUCAAAUUUUAUUUUACUUAUGAAUUACCUAUAUUAGAAUCUUUUAAAUUGUUUUUAGAUAAUUGGAAAGGUAGACAUCCUAUGUUAUUACAAACAAAUAUUUAUGAUGAAGAUUUGUUAACUUUAAUCAAAAAUUAUAUAGAUGAAGGAAUUAUUAAAAGUCACAUAUGUGGUGGUGAUUUAAUCAGGAAUUUUCAUGAUAAUGGUUAUAUUGAUACCGAUUACACAGUGAUUACACAUGUAAUUAACAAGUCAUAUAUAGUAUAA